CAGAAGGAUGUAAAAAUGAUCGAAAGCUCUUCAGAUAAACUUGCAGUGAUACGUAAUAGUCACCCGAAGCUCCAGUUUGGAUAAUUCCCCUACUUGAAUCCCUGUUAGAUUUAGAUUUUGAGGACUUACAUCGCUUCUCUAGUUGAGCAACGGAAAACGGUUUAACUCACUUUUGUAGGCUCGUCAUUGACCGUCGAGCUAACUUGGUUAGCGACGGUUGAGCUAACGGAGUCGGUGAAGUAGUCGGAGGAGACGUUAGAAUGGUAACCGGCUUAGUUAUCACUAACAUGUAGCUAAUGUCAACCUGGGAGCGUUAAUGCUAGAUAGACACCUAGAGUAGGCUUUUCUUUCAUUGUUCGUUUACUAAAAGUAGCUUUUAGCCCGGUAAUCAGCCGGGUAGCUGGCAGCAGGACAGAUACCCGAGGGAGAGGAAGAUGUCUCGGAGACGGCUGGACAGCCGCAGCGGUCUGUCUGCGGGGCUGCUUGGGGAAAUUCAGACCCCAAUCUGCACGGAUCCCAUCGAGAGUGUAUAUGAAUUCACCGGAGAGCUUGGAAGGGGGAAGUUUGCUGUCGUCAAGCGCUGUGUGGAGAAGGCCACGGGGAAGGUGUUUGCUGCCAAGUUCCUGCGGAAGAGGAGGCGAGGUCGCGACUGUCGUGCAGAAGUCAUUCAUGAGAUGGCCGUCCUGGAGAUGGCCCGUAACAACGCCAGAGUGGUCAACCUACACGCUGCUUAUGAGACGGAUCACGACAUCGUAUUAGUGCUCGAAUAUGCUGCAGGUGGAGAGAUAUUCGACCACUGUGUUUCUGAAGAGCUGCUGCCAGAGGUCCAGAUCACGCGACUGAUCAGACAAACCCUGGAGGGAGUCCACUACCUCCACCAGAGCAACCUGGUGCACUUAGACCUGAAGCCUCAGAAUAUCCUCCUGACCAGCCUGUCCCCUCCAGGAGACAUAAAGAUCGUAGACUUUGGCCUGGCACGCAGACUGGGUGCGGUCGGAGAGCUUCGAGAGAUUCUUGGCACGCCUGAGUAUGUGGCUCCAGAGAUCCUAAAUUACGAGCCAAUCACAACAGCGACUGACCUCUGGAGUGUGGGUGUCAUCGCCUACAUGCUGGUGACAGGGGAGUCUCCGUUUGCUGGGGAGGACAAGCAGGAGACUUAUCUGAACGUGUCCCAGGUCAGCGUGGACUACAGCAGGGAGGCCUUCUCCAGGGUGUCUGAGCUGGCUGUGGACUUCAUCCGUAAGCUGCUGGUCAAAUCACCAGAGGAUCGGCCCAGCGCUGCAGAGUGUAUGAGCCACCCCUGGCUGUGGCAGCAGCAGUUCUGCCUGAGCCCCGACCUCGCCACCACCCGCUCUGUUCGGGAGAGGAGCUGCGGCACAAAGUGGGCAGCCCCGCCUGAAGACCCUGAAGACAAGGAGAACUUCCUGGAGUCACCUCACUCUCAUGCAAAAAGGUUUCGCUUCGAAGAUGAGACGCUCACCGCUGGAGACGGUGACUUUUGAAAAAAUCUGUUAAAAUUAGCAAGAAAUGAAGUGUAAGGCUAAGGGGGGCUUCUUCUCCCUCUAAGCUUUUAAAUUGUUUUAAGCUUCCAGAAAACCAGCUGUCCACCACUCAGAAGUACUUAUUUACUUUAUUCCAACAUCAACCAUUCAGACCAAAGAUAACCAGCUAAUUCUUGAGACUGAUCGCUGUUAAAGAGUGCAAAAACUGUACAGCACAUCUCAGCUAAUGCAGUGUGUGUAACCUUAAGUAUUUAAUACCUUUCACUGUUAAAUUCUCUCAGGGCUGCUGAAGCCUGAGUGUUUAGUGUUUCUGAAGAAAGCUAGUGUUUCAUAAUUGUAGGGAAAUCUAUGCAAUACUUCCUCCAGUGUGUUUUAAAUCUGUUUUCUAAAGAAAUCUUGCAUACUUUCAUAGCACUCAGCCUUAAAAGUCACAGGUGAAGUGUUCUUAGUCACCAGCAUGGCUUACUGUGUAGUUGCACUUGUGCUUGGACAGAAAAGAGAUAAGUAGAUUUUAUUUAUGAUUGAUGAGGGAAUUCUGUCUCACUGUUGAUGCAUCAAAGCACAAACAAGUAAGACUUUCAAAAAGGAGAUAUGAAGAUGAGCACUACUGCAACAAGGAAGUGCGAUCUUUAUUUAAAGUAAAAAAGGGACAGCAGCAGUGUGGCUGCAUGUGAAGAUAUGCUGCUGUCUCAUCAGAGCUCUAUGUCUGACUACCUGCAGCAGUGCUGUAGUUCAUGUAGAAAAAGAAGCCAGCAGAGGGGCUGAAAAACACACAAGAAUAUUACAUUCCUUAUAAGUUUGCAUUCCCUCCAAGACUUUCAUUUUCUCCAUGUCUGACAUUGCAGAAGGAUUUCAGCUGAGCUCGGGGUUUAAGUUGAAAAUCACUUUAAUAACUUGGACCAUAGCGUUUUCUUCCAAACAGCUGCAUCUGCCUUGAGACCCAAAGCUUGAAUUAAGGUCAUUUUGAUGUGAUCUGUACCAGUUGUUCUCAGCUGGUCUAGCCUCAGGACCCACCACCACUUUGUUAAGAAGAAGUCAUGACCCAAAUAUCUAAAAAUUGUCAAACAUUCAAAUUUAUUCAAAGAGAAAUGGUGCAUUAUGAGACACAUAUGAUUAAACAAUGAGACCAGUCAAAGCAAACAUGUUUAAAAAAUCACAUCAUUACAGAGCUCUAGGAGGACAUUUCCUGUAUUAAAAUGUACAUUUUGGUUGUUUCUUCGAGAUUUGAAAAUAUUUAAAAAGUCAUGGAAAAAAAACAGUAUUGUUAUCCAAAGAUCUUGAGAAAACGACCAAAAUUUACUUAUUACAGCUGUUUUGGAUUGGGUGCAUGGCAGCUGUGUCUUUGCAGUGUCAUGGCUUUGUUUUCAUUUCAACAUGGGUAUUCAGAAGUCAGGGUUUUCAGACCAGCUGCAUUAGAACUGUCGUGUGCAAAGAAUCAAGGGAAUAAGGGGCUUUCCAAUGUUUUUCCGCAAGCUAUGUGCAUCUCUCAGCCAAAAUAGACAGAAGAACAACAGAGCCAUGUUUGCCUUGUUCUAGCAGAUAAGUCUGUCCACAUUGGUAGAACGAGCCUGUCGUCCUUGCAGCAUGCUUAAUGUUUUUGCCCUCUUUCUACGUUCCUUUGUGGCACUUUCAUUAAAAUUUAGAGGAAUGAGAAACAAGGAAGACCAGAAAAGUGCUCGCCGUGUCCUACAGAAAAACAUCCUCAACAGAGCUUUUGAUAAGUGGAAAUGCACAAAUAUUAUCCAUGAUAAUCAUGUAAUAAUUCAACUUGUGUUAGCAUAAUGGCCAAACUAUUCAGCUUCCCGCCGUCAUAGGCUCGUCAUAACAAAGAACACACUCUGGUUUUUAUGCAUUCAAAAUAAAAGUGCCAAGUGUCUUACUGUUGAAGAGGAAAACUUGAAUUUACAGGGCAGAAAAUUAGAUACUUAACACAUGCAGUGUUGACAGCGGGCGUCCAGUGCUGCACAGUGCAAAGCAAUAACUGUCGUUCUCAUGUUGUUAGGACACGGUGUAAUGUCUCAACAAACCUGUGACUCAUGCAGCCUUUCACAUGCCACACCCGCGUGUACUCAAAGGAUUUCCUCAGCCGGCUCUCAGUUCCUCUUUGUCAGCCAGCAGAGGUGAAACUUAACUCUAGCACUUACUUCAUAAGCACUCAUACUGAACUGAUAACAACACAUGAGCUAUUUCUGAAAGUCUGUGAGUCCUUAAGAGGCUCUGUGUGUUUUUCAGUCCCUUACCAAAGCCAUGCCUUUCAUUAAAAAGCUGCUCUAUUCCUCCCGGCUCAGGCUGCCUGAAGUCACAUAACUCCUGUUGAUCUCCUCUCAGGGCAUGCUGCUCACUCUCUGCUCACUGUUUUCUAGACGUAAUGGAACUCUUAUAGGCCUGUUAUUUAUGUGCUGGACUUAUACUUUAUAUUUGAUGUAACUGAAGCUCUCAUGUCUUAUGAGGAAGUGUUCAGAUCAUGGUGAGAGAAUAAGGAUGAUCAUGCUGAUAUUUAAAACAAGAAAAGUUUAGUGGCUGCAGUGAAUAGAAUAAUACAUAAAAGGCUUUGACUGCAGAGAACCAGAGGGUUAAAGUUAGGGUUUGUUAAAAGGUGGUAGAAGGAAGUUAGUAAAUGUAGAAAUGGUUGAUGAGUCAGGUGGUUUUAGUAAGGAGGAAGAUGAUUAAACACUAAAUGAGUAAGGAAUGUGUGUGAAAAGGAAGUAUUUCAAGGAAUAGUUUAACAUUUGUGAAAUGAAGGCAUACAUAUGUCUAAUUGAUCAUUAAUAUGAUACAAGUAAAAAUCCAUUAUUGAUAACUGAUACCACAGAAGAAGUCCCAGCUACGCAGUAUCUGCUUAUUUUUUGCUAUCAUUUUGAAGGCAAACUCAUACACAUUCAUUUACACAGAAAUGUUGGCAGUCUUUGGAAACAAAACUUUGCCUAGGUUGUGUGCAAUGUGUAAGAGUUUGCUUUUUUUUAUGGAUUACUUCUUCUCCAAAACCUCCAUAUGAUGAAAUAGAAUUUUUGUAAUAUUCAGCAAUUAUUAAUAUUCACUGUUCAAUAAAUAUAAUAAGAGUGCACCAUUUAGAAAACAUGUGGUAUCUAAAGGUUAAAAAAAUGUGACUUUAUUUAUAAUCUUGUCAAACUAUUCCUUUGAAAUGGAAUUCUGUUCUUCUUUUUUUUCAACCUGUAACUUUUUUCCUUAUAUGUUUUGUGGUCUAAAUGACAAAUUGGUACAAAAAAAUCGUUAAAUAGCUCUGCCAAGCAGCAACACAUGGGCUUAGACUUGUACUCAAAAUGUCUCAAAACAACAUUCAUAAAGGAUUUCUCAGAGAUGGAUCAUUUUGACAAGUUAAGACUAGGGCUGUCAUUACAAUUUUCAAUCAAGAUUAAUCUUCAAUUUUUUUUUGUAAAUCACAGUCGGUCUCCCCUUACUGUCACAAUUUUGAAGCUCUACUGUUUUGCAUUUAAAAUGAGCAUUUGGGGUUUUGUGCCAUCUUAAGCUAAGCCAUUAACUUCCUGUUUGGUUACAGACCUGCUUUUAUUUCAUAUGUAGAGUUUUUUUUUCCCAGAAAUAACUUUAUUAAUUUAAAAAGUGACCAUUUGUAUGUUAUAUAUAUUUUUUUAAUUGAGGUCAUGGUAAAAUAGUUCCCAACAUUUUCAAAGACAGAGAACUUCUUUAUUUCCAUAAGUGGAACAGGACACGUCUUCUGAUGGUGGCUGCCAUAGGUUAUGAAUUCAGUCACCCAAACUCACCUGGAAUGUGGAGCCCCCCGACACACACACACACACACACACAUAUACACACACACUCUGCAUUUCCAGUGAGUAAAGACCACUACUGCUCAGCUCCACCCACCUCCAGGGUCUCCUCAGUACUUCUUGUAAAUUGAAGACUCACUUCAAUAAAACAACAACUCAUUAGGCAUAUUUACUGAACAGAAAGCCAAUGUUCUGUUUUCAUUCAUGAAUUUCUCAUAAUGAGGGAGAUAUGUGCUUAAAAAGACACUUCUGCAUCCAUGCUGGAAGCAGUGCUAGAACACAAAGCCAGAGCGCAUGUGCAUCCUGGGACUGCUUCCAUCAUGACUAUGGUAGUGCACUUUAAGAUGUAUACAUCCCUCAUUAUGAGAGGGAACUGAUUCCUUGAUACAAACAAAAAGUAAAGAGCGGAGAGGGGAGGAGCUGGACAGCACUGGUCAGUACUAUAUUCUGUUAUUGUUUUGAUUGAGAGCCCCCUGGUGGUGGAAUUUAACAUACUGUGCUUUUAAAGGACACACAGGAACUUUGGGUUGAUUGAAGAUCAUGAAAUAAAUUAAAGUGGAAAAAGACCUUAAUGUGGUAUAAAAAUGAAACAAGGGAACAGUAAAAAGGUAACUGUUUGGUAACACAAAGUGCAGAUGACUUUUGACUUGUCUUCUGAGCUGUCUGUGGGUUUUUUAAACUAAAAUGAGACAUUAAGGAGCAGUGGUUGACUUAUCUUAACUCAUUGUUGAUUAAUUGUGAUUUAAAAUGAUUAAUACUGACAGCCCUAGUUAAGGCUAUUCAUAAAAUUCAAACAAGCCAUUUUAUCAAGUCAUUUUAGUAAGUCAUUUAGACCCAAAACAUUUAUGAAAUAAAGUCCUGGUAGAGAUGUAAUGAUACCUCAUAAUGCAUUUAAAAUCAAUGAAAAUGUGGACAAUUUAAAUUAAUUCUACAAAAAGAUUUUUGCAAUGGCCAUUUUUCACCUUCACGGGGUGCAUUGGCUUUUGAAUUCUCUUGUUGGAUUGUGGCUGAAGAACUAGCACUUGCUAUGAAUGUCUCACUAUUGAGGAAGAAAUCUGCAUUAUUUUAUAAGGAGCUGUACAUGUACACUCAUAGAUAAAUUAAAAAGGAUGAUUUACAUUUUCAUUGUCAGAGAAUCAAAACAAAAGAAUCACAGCUUCAUAAAUUCAACUCAUCUGUUUGUAAAGAUUUAAAAAAUGUCAAAAAUCGUGACCUAAUUAUAUUGAUGAUCUAAAAUUGAGUGUAUCGUUACAUCCCUAGGUCCUGGUUUAAAAAAACUGGAAUUCCUUGUUGUGUUGUGAUGAUUGAUGUAAAGAUAUGUUGUUAUGAAAGGAUUUUAGGCUGAGGAGGUAUAAAAGGUGAUGUCAUUGUGGUUUUAUCAGGAGAUGAAGUGUGACAGGAUCAGCGUCGAUUGUGAAAUAAGAGGUGCUUUUGAGUUGCAGGAUUUGGCGUCUUUUGUUACUGUAAAAGCCUCACCUCUACUAACAUGCAUCGCUGGCGUCUCUGAUUGCUCUUAAUCUCCAGUGAAACAUUCCUCUCUGCUCCGAGGUGCCACGCACAAUGAGACCACAUUGUGUGUUUUGUUUGUUGUUGUCACCAGCUGGUACAAUGGCCUUUGUGUGGGAGAUGGGCGUCUCCAGCCACGGCCAUGCUCUCAUCCGUAUGCUGUCAUCCUUAAAAACUGGAACACCACACUGUAAAAGAUGUCAUCUCAACUCAGUUUGUAGCAGGAAUGUUUUCUAGUCAGCUGGACAGUUCUUUUGCCUUGAAGUUUUAUAAAUCUCUGUAGCUACUGUGUAAGAAAAUAAGCUUGAAACUUCUCAUUCAUAUUUAAACCCUGCUUUGAUACCUCUCCAAAAUAAUCCUGAUUUAGACAAAAAUGAUGCAAACUGAUCCAGGAAGUCUAAAUUUCUCAUUGACUCAUUGCGUCUCCUGUUGCUGCAGAUUUAAAAACUUGACGAGUCACUUCACCUCAGUAGAGGAUGGACUUGUUUUGCACUGCAGUAAUGUCAGGGAUCUCACUUUGCAGGGUGACGAAACGAUUCGGGGCAAAGUGCUGGCAUUGUCCGCCUCUGUCACUUGAACAUGACUUAUGCUGUGGCAUCGAUUUUAUUCUGUUGUACAGCUAUUGUACUGUUAUUUUCAGCAGCUAGUCACUCAGUGGCCUCCGUAUGUCCGUGAUUGCUCAUCGUCUGACACUCGGGUGAUCAUCUUCUAGAGGUAAAACACGGCUAACAUUCCUGAGACUGAAGGAUACUGUAGAUUAAAAACAUGAGCACAAGCAAAUAAAUGUUCAAGAGAUGUCUGUUUAUUUUGCAUUUUAUAUAUAUUUUUAAUGUAUGAGCAUUCUGAUUGCAUCUGAAAUGACUAAAAAAAAGUCUUAAUGUAUUUUGAUCAGCUGCAAGCUAAUAAAAAGCAUCACAAAGCAAACUGAAAAAGCUCAUUAAAGGUUGUAGAAAUA